GUCAUUUGGAAGUUCAUAUGGAAAUUGGCUUACCAGAUGAACAAGAAAGAUUACAAAUAUUGAAAAUUCAUACUUCAAAGACAAAAAUAAAUGAUAUCUCGGAUAAAGAUGUCAAACUUGAGGAAUUAGCCAGUUUGACCAAAAAUUUUAGAACACUUGCAGGAGUGAUGCCAGAUGUUGAAGAUAUGAAAAAGAUAUUAUCAGGACCCUCUAGCAGUGGUAAAACAGCAUUGACAGCUACAAUGGCAAUGACAUCAGAAUUUCCUUUUAUAAAAUUAAUUUCACCAGAAAGUAUGGUUGGAUAUUCAAAAUCAUCUAAAAUAACUGCAAUAAACAAACCACUACCAAUAAAAAGUGGGUUCUUCAACAAAUUGGAUAUGUCGGAUUGUUUCAAUUCUGAAAUUGAAGCACCAAAUAUCGUUGGUUUGAGUUCAAUUGAACUUGUAUUCAAAAGAUUGCCAUUAUUCAAUAAUGAUGAAAAAGAACAAUCACUUGAAACUCUUAACAAAAUCACCCUAUUCAAAUAG